AUGGCAACAAUAUACACCUCCGUCCCGGAAGGCCUCAUUCCCCUCCUAGAAACCCACCUCCCAAGUUCCCUCCCCGUCCUCCGCCGCCUCCAAUGCACCCGCUUCAAAGGCGGCAUGCGCCCAACAGCCCGCAUCAUCCUCGCCUCAGACUCACCCUUCCCUCCGUCGGCUUCCUCGCCGCAAGACGACAAGACAUUGGACCAACCGCCACGCCACUUUUCCGCGGCGUACCUAGACUUUGGCAGCAACAAAGAGACUCAGCUCUUUCUCUACUCCACCCUGGAAGACAACUACAACCUCAACAGCAACAGCAACAGCAACAGCAACAGCAACAGCACCGGAGACGACAAGGAUACGAAAACCGCGGAGUCGCAAAUCGCAGCAGUCCUCCACGCCGUAGCGCAAGUCAGCAGAGAACAGCCAGACAACAGGGGCCACCCGGGCGCGUGCCUCGUCGGGACCCUCUCCACGGCCGUCCGGGACGUCAUGAUCCGGACCGGCGCGCGCGUGACGCCCCGCCAGGACUACGAGUACGAAAAGUGGCUGUUCCGCGUCGAUGAGAUUCCCGAGUUUGAAGACGCGGUGACGCUGCCCGAGGGGGCCACGUGGGGUCCGGCUACGGAACGGGAUUGCGAGAUUGUGAUUUCGAGGACCGAGAUUCCGCGUCAGGUCAAGACUUUGAUGUCGUGGCCGAGUCUAGUUCUCAAGCUGCGAGAUGGGACGCCCAUCGCAUGGUCGUUUCUGGGAACCGACGCCUCAUUGUCAAGUCUCCACUGCGAGCCACCAUACCGACAGCGAGGCUACGCAAAGGCCCUCGCCGCAAAGCUGAUAAGGAGGAGCUCCAGCGAGUACGGCGCCGACGGUUGGGCGUCGGCCGACGUGGCACCGUAUAACACGGGGAGCCGAAAGAUGUGCCAGAGUCUCAAGGGCAGGCAUGCGUGGAACGUUUCGUGGAAUCUUCUUCACCUUCACGAAGAAUAG